UCACUCCUGAUCUUAUUGGGAAUGCAUCUAGUUUAUCCCCAUUGCAGAUGAUAUUAGCUGUUGGUUUUAGAUAUAUACUGUUUAUUAUUUUUAGGAAUGACCCUUCUAUUCCUAUGCUUUCUAGUGUUUUUAAUAGGAAUGAGUGUUGUAUUUUAUCAAAGGCUUUUUCUGCAUCUAUUGAGAUAAUCAUGUGGUUCUUGCUAGUUUGCUUGUUGAUGUGGUCAAUUAUGUGGAUGGUUUUCCUAAUGUUGAACCAGCCCUGCAUCCCUGGUAUAAAUCCUACUUGAUCAUGGUGGAUGACCCUUCUGAUCACUUGCUGGAGUCUUUUUGCUAGUAUCCUAUUUAAGAUUUUUGCAUCUAUAUUCAUUAGGGAGAUUGGUCUAUAAUUUUCUUUCUCCAUUUUUGAACUGCCUGGUUUUAGAAUCAGUACCAUGUUUGUGUCAUAAAAGGAGUUUGGUAGAACUCCCUCUUUGCUUAUUAUGUCAAAUAGUUUGUAUAGUAUUGGGAUUAACUGUUCUCUGAAUGUUUGAUAGAAUUCACUGCUGAAUCCCUCAGGCCCUGGGGAUUUUUUCUUAGGAAGUUCUUUGAUGGCUUGUUGGAUUUCAUUUUCUGAUAUGGGAUUAUUUAAGAAUUCUAUUUCUUCUUCUGUUAGUCUAGGCAGUUUGUAUUUUUGUAUAUAUUCAUCCAUAUCACCUAGGUUGGUAUAUUUAUUGCCAUAUAAUUGGGCAAAGUAGUUUUUAAUGAUUGCCUUAAUUUCCUCUUCAUCGGAGGUGAUGUCCCCCUUUUCAUCUUUGAUGCUGUUAAUUUGCUUUUCUUCCUUCCUUUUUUAAAUUAGAUUGACCAGUACUUUUUCUAUUUUGUUUGUUUCAACGAUUUUCUAAAUUGUCUGUUUUGUGAAUGAGAUGCUUCACAUUUUACCUAAUUUUUUCAUUCUUUUUGUUUUGUUUUAUAGUGUCCUGCUGCCUUGUGAGGUCACUUGAUUCUAGUUGUUUUACUCUGGUUCUUUUCCCAAUUGUCUUCAGACUCUCUUAGUUGUGUUUUGAGUUCUUCUACAGCCUGUAUCCAAUUCGCUGGGAUUUAUGGUUUAUCGUUUGCUGAUCUCUCCCCCUCUCUUCCAUUUGCUGAGUAGUUGCUAUCUAUUGUAGUUUUUCUUCUUUGUUGUUGUUUGCUCAAAUUCACCCCUUCUUUACUCCCCGUAUUUGUCUGUGCUCUUGUUCCUCUCAUUUUCUUUGUUUUUUGGGGACUUCUAUCAGAAUUCUCUGAUAGAAGUCUCUGAGAGAAGACUCUGAAUGAUCGUAAGGCAUGGAACAUGAUCUUCAGAAAGGCAAGAGAGCUGGGUCUCCAACCAAGAAUCAGCUACCCAGCAAAACUGACUAUAUACUUCCAAGGGAAAGUAUGGGCAUUCAACAAAAUAGAAGACUUCCAACUUUUUGCAAAGAAAAGACCAGAGCUCUGUGGAAAGUUUGAUACCGAAAAUCAAAGAGCAAGGAAUACCUGAAAAGAAGGAAAGAUCAGACUUGAAAUGAAAGAGAUGACUGCAGAGCUAAGCCUGUCUGGGGAAGAAACUCAGAGGCAAAGAUGCGUUGGUGAUGGUGCCUGUGAUUCCACUUGGAGAGAAAACUUGGAUGUACAUCAGAAAAUCCACACUGGAGGGAAGCCUUACGAAUGUAAUCAAUGUGGUAAAACAUUUGAAAAGAGAGCUUAUCUUACUGUACAUCAGAGAAUCCACACUGGAGAGAAAUCUUAUGAAUGUAAUCAGUGUGGAAAGGCUUUUUCACAGAAGUCUGGUCUUACUUUACAUCAGAGAACCCACACUGGAGAGAAAUCUUAUGACUGUUACCGGCUUAGUAAAAUCCUCAGUCAAAAGUCAACCCUUAUUUCCCCUCAGGCACUGCCAACUCAGUAAACAACAGUCCUUGGGGGCAGCUGUGUGGACCCCAGCCAUACCUUUGAGAACGUUUGCUCUACUGAUGACCCUGGGGUCAGGCUGCUGAUUAAAGGAAGAUUGCAGGGACCCUGGACUGGCCCUGGACGUGGGGCUUCAGCACAUUGAUCAGACAUGGUCCCAGGCUGUGCCUAAUGAUGGAGGAGCACACAAGUAAGAGAAAUGGUUUUGUCUCACUUGGAAGUAAUCCAAUGCUAACGUUUACAUAAUUCAAGCUGAAUCCCUUUCUUUUUCCCGAUGGAAUCAUGAGUAUGAUUACCACUUCAGUUUAGGAAGAUGAGAAUUAGAGACUGCUUGGUGUCUCUUGACAUGAGACUUCAGGGGCCUAGAAGGGAGCCUCCGUGAUCUUCAGUGUUAGGUCUAGUCAUUUAAAGGUGAUUAGGUACAAGAAAAAGAGAGUCACAUACUGAAGCCAGAGCGUGCAUUGACUACUAGGAAAGACAUCCGAAUGCAGAAUAGAGAUUGAGAUUGGGGCCUAGUAUCAGCCCUGGCCUAGUCUGUUAGUAAACAUUAAAGAAGCAUCUACUAUGUUCUAGCCUCUGAGGACACAAAGGGAAACAAAACACAGUCCCUGUUGUCAGAGCUCAGAAUCUAGUAUACAAACAUAGUGAUAGUUCAGGAAGAAGUAAAAGAUCAUGAACCUGACUGUUAAAUGAUCCAGGGAAAAGAAGGUGUUUUAUGAAUGGAAAUCCAUUUAGUUAAACAGGGAAAUAAGUGAAUAGAAGUAUGAGAACAAUUCAGUUUAAGAAGGGCAGAAUUGAGGAACAAAGAGUAAAAAUCAAAAUCAUAAGGAAAAAAUAAUAUCUAGCAGUUAAAUAGCACCUACUGUGUGCAGUGCAUUUUAUCAAUAUUAGCUCAUUUGGUUCUCAUAAGAACCAUAAGGGUUCAGUGUAAUAAUUAUUCUCAUUUUACAAGUGAAGCAACCUGCAUAAGCAGAGGUCUUAUGACUUGCCCAGGAUCACAGUACUAGCAAAUGUCUGGGAUUGGUAUGCUUCUAUCCAGUGUACCAGAAAACUCCAAAUGCUCAUAUAUGAGUGAGGUUGAAAAUGAGAGAAGUUUACAAACUUUCUUGCUGAGGGAUGAAUAUGCCUUUUUUUUUGUUUCUUUUUAGCUCCUUAGCCAAUCAGCAAAAUGAAUGGCAAUUUACCAUUUAAAAUUCUUAUUACUUUAUCCAUUGUGCCACUUAGCUGCUUAAUUGGAAUUGGUUGAUAAGAGCAGUAACCAUUGUUACAGUAGCCAUGAAUGUAGCUGAAGCAAACACUAUGGAAGCAUUUAGAGUUUGAUCAAACAUCAAAGACUCCAAGAUAAUUCACCAUAUCUACACACGUUGCCAAUCAUCUUGUCAUUUGCAACAUGAGAAAUAUGGAAACCAGUUUUAGAUGACUGCACAUGUAUAACCUAUAUCAGAUUGCUUGCCUUCUCAAGGAGCAGUGUGAGAAAGUAGGGAGGGAGAGAAUUUGAAACUCAGAAUAAGAAAAAAAAAUGCUGGGUCACCAGAGCCAAGAUGGCAGACAGAAAUCAGGGAUUUACCUCAGGUUUCCCAAAUUCUCCUCGAUAUGACUUUAAAAUAAUGUCUCUGAACAUUCUGGAACAGAAGAACUCCAAAAAGGAUGCGGUAAAGAAUUUUUCUGCCUAGAGACUUUAGAAGGCCAUCAGGAAAGGUAACUCCCACCAUGGUGAAAGUGGAGCAAAGUCUAGCACAGGCUAUACCCUAACAGAAUAAUAGCAAGGCCAUGCCUUACUCUGUCAGCAGCAAAGCCAUGUGCCCUGACCCAUCAGCAGCAGGCCCUUAAGGGAACUGAAUUGGCAGAAGCAACUUCUGAAGCUCUUAGUCCACAGACAGUAAAGGGCAGGGGGCGGUCAGACAAUUUAACAGGAGAUCAAAGGUCCUUUUUCUAGCAUUGGAUGCAGGAGUCUGUUUCAUAGCUCAUAUGUGGGUUCUAGUUCCAGGCCUGGUGGCAGUCCCAAUGUAAGAAAUACCAUUAGCUACAAGCACUAGAAAUAGUAGAAUUUGCACCCAUGAGGGAUUUGGGAUGCUGAUCACAGUUCCAAAAUGUGAAAUAAAAGGCUGGUUAUUCACUGUCCAGAGUAUAAGCCAAGAGAGUAGUGAACACACCUCUUUGUACAUCACAUCACCUUGGAAGAAGUGAAAACGUAUAGAACCACUACACCCCAUUCCAGAGCCACCUCUGAAAACACUUACAUUUCAAAACUAAACACGAGGUUUCAAGCAAUGACUCCUCUACCCCAGGAGCAGACUUCAAAUUUAGCAUAAAAGUCAGGAAAUAGGCUACAGGGACUUCCGGUUAAGAUGGCGGCUUAGAGAAAGCUAAAGUUCAGAUCUCCGGAAAACCCUUCCCGACCGAUCUCAAACUAUAAGCUCCUAAGGUGCCGAAAUUCAAAACGAUCAACAGCACAGACCCUGGGAACCCUCCUCCUGGACCUGGACCCGGUUCAAAAGGUACGGCUCCCCUCAAAAGCCAGAACCCGAGAUCACUCGGACCUCAGGGGUAGGAGCGCAGAGUCCAAGGCUCCCGGAAGCCGCAGCCCGGUGGGGCUCAGAGAGCAGGGUCCUCGGAACAACAACCCUCAGGGCCUUCUACCCGAGUCCGGGUGAAAGUUACUGCCUGGGGCUUCCGCUGCAGAGAGCUGGUCGAAACAACAGCAACCCUCAGGGCGGGCAAGACAGCCUCACGGGCUGGAUCCUGCUAUCCAAGUCUCAGUGAAAGUCUUUGCCCUCGGAGCUUGGGGAAGCUGCAGCCCAUCCCCCGCAGGCCGAAGAAACAGCCUCACGGCCAGCGAUUCUGAAGGCAACUUCCGGAAAGCGAGCCGGGGGGAGAGUGUGGCCUUGUGGUCCGACCCUUCCAUUCCAGUUCCAGUGAGGCAUAUUCAGUUUAACCCAGGGAAAGCUCAUAGAACCAACAUCUGCCCAGGACUAAAGCCUCUGAACACCAGACAGAGAUAAGAAAAGCUAAUCCUCCACAUUCAGAGAUGACAAACUCCACAGAAGCACAGAAGCCCCAAAAUACCAAGAAAAAUAAGAAGAAAGGGGCGACUUUGGACACAUUCUAUGGAGCCAAAAUACAAAAUACAGAGCAGAUAGAAGAAGAUAUACAAGAAAAUUCUCCAAAAUCUUCCAAAGGAAAUAGAAACUCUCCACAAACCCAUGAAGAAUUUGAAUCAGAAAUGACCAAAAAGAUGGAAGCCCUCUGGGAGGAAAAGUUGGAAAUAUUGCAAAAGAAAUUCACGCAUCUACAAAACCAGUUUGACCAAACUGUAAAAGAAAACCAGGCUUUAAAGCAAGAACUAAUAAAGCAAAGCCAAAACACCAAGAAAUUAGAAGAGAACAUAAAAUAUCUCACCAACAAGGUGAUAGAUCUGGAAAAUAGAGGGAGAAGAGAAAAUUUAAGAAUAAUUGGACUCCCAGAAAAGCCAGAAAUAAACACCAAACUGGACAUGGUGAUACAAGAUAUAAUCAAAGAAAAUUGCCCAGAGAUUCUAGAACAAGGGGGCAAUACAGCCACUGACAGAGCUCACAGAACACCUUCUACACUAAACCCCCAAAAGACAACUCCCAGGAAUGUAAUUGCCAAAUUCCAAAGCUAUCAAACAAAAGAAAAAAUCCUACAGGAAGCCAGAAAAAGACAAUUUAGAUAUAAAGGAAUGCCAAUCAGGGUCACACAAGACCUUGCAAGUUCUACUCUGAAUGAUCGUAAGGCAUGGAACAUGAUCUUCAGAAAGGCAAGAGAGCUGGGUCUCCAACCAAGAAUCAACUACCCAGCAAAACUGACUAUAUACUUCCAAGGAAAAGUAUGGGCAUUCAACAAAAUAGAAGACUUCCAACUUUUUGCAAAGAAAAGACCAGAGCUAUGUGGAAAGUUUGAUACUGAAAAUCAAAGAGCAAGGAAUACCUGAAAAGAAGGAAAGAUCAGACUUGAAAUGAAAGAGAUGACUGCAGAGCUAAGCCUGUCUGGGGAAGAAACUCAGAGGCAAAGAUGCAUUGGUGAUGGUGCCUGUGAUUCCACUUGGAGAGAAAACUUGGAUGUACAUCAGAAAAUCCACACUGGAGGGAAACCUUUUGAAUGUAAUCUGUGUGGAAAGGCUUUUAUAGGGAGAGCCAGGCUUACUGUACAUCAGAGAAUCCACACUGGAGAGAAACCUUUUGAAUGUAAUCAAUGUGGAAAGACUUUUGCACGCAAGUCUCAUCUUAUUGCACAUCAGAGAAUCCACACUGGACAGAAACCUUUUGAUUGUAAUCAGUGUGGAAAGGCUUUUAUACAAAAGGUGACUCCUACUGUACAUCAGAGAAUCCAUACUGGAGAGAAACCUUUUGAAUGUAAUCAGUGUGGAAAGGCAUUCAGAUCUAGAAAUAAUAUGGUUAAACAUCAGAGAUUCUGCAAUGGAGAGAAACCUUUUAAAUGUAAUCAAUGUGGAAAGACUUUUAUACAAAGGACCAAACUUACUGAACAUCAGAGAAUCCACACUGGAGAGAAACCUUUUGAAUGUAAUCAGUGUGGAAAGGCAUUCAGAUCUAGAAAUAGUUUGGUUACACAUCAGAGAAUCUGCAAUGGAGAGAAACCUUUUAAAUGUAAUCAAUGUGGAAAGGCUUUUAUACAAAGGACCAAACUUACUGUACAUCAGAGAAUCCACACUGGAGAGAAACCUUUUGAAUGUAAUCAAUGUGGAAAGGCUUUCAGAGGUAGGGACGUUCUCAUACUACAUCAGAGAAUCCACACUGGACAGAAACCUUUUGAUUGUAAUCAGUGUGGAAAGGCUUUUUCACAGAAGUAUACUCUUACUGUACAUCAGAGAAUCCACACUGGAGAGAAACCUUUUGAAUGUAAUCAGUGUGGAAAGGCAUUCAGAUCUAGAAAUAGUAUGGUUAAACAUCAGAGAUUCUGCCAUGGAGAGAAACCUUUUAAAUGUAAUCAGUGUGGAAAGGCUUUUAUACACAAGUCUGGUCUUACUGUACAUCAGAGAAUCCACACUGGAGAGAAACCUUUUGAAUGUAAUCAGUGUGGAAAAGCUUUCAGAUGUAGAAAGAGGCUGGUUGCACAUCAGAGAAUCCACACUGGAGGGAAACCUUAUGAAUGUAAUCAAUGUGGUAAAACAUUUGAAAAGAGAGCUUAUCUUACUCUACAUGAGAGAAUCCACACUGGACAGAAACCUUUUGAAUGUAAUCUGUGUGGAAAGGCUUUUUUAUGGAGAGCCAGGCUUACUGUACAUCAGAGAAUCCACACUGGAGAGAAACCUUUUGAAUGUAAUCUCUGUGGAAAAGCUUUUACAGAGAAAUCUGGUCUUACUGUACAUCAGAGAAUCCACACUGGAAAGAAACCUUAUGAGUGUAAUCAGUGUGGAAAGGCUUUUAUAUGGAGGAACAAGCUUACUAUACAUCAGAGAAUGCACACUGGAGAGAAACCUUUUGAAUGUAAUCAGUGUGGAAAGGGUUUUAUACAAAGGACCAAACUUACUGUACAUCAGAGAAUCCAAACUGGAGAGAAAUCUUAUGAAUGUAAUCAAUGUGGAAAGGCUUUUUCACAGAAGUCUGGUCUUACUGUACAUCAGAGAAUUCACACUGGAGAGAAACCUUUUGAAUGUAAUCAGUGUGGAAAAUCUUUUACACACAAAUCUGGUCUUACUGUACAUCAGAGAAUCCACACUGGAGAGAAACCUUUUGAAUGUAAUCAGUGUGGAAAAGCUUUUAUACAAAAGGUGAGUCUUACUGUACAUCAGAAAAUCCACACUAGAGAGAAAUCUUAUACUGGCUUAGUAAAGUCCUCAGUCAAAAGUCAACCCGCAUUUUCUCUCAACCACUGCCAAGUCAGUAAACAAUAGUCCUUGGCGGCAGCUGUGUGCACCCCAGCCAUACCUUUGGGAGCUUUUGCUCUACUGAUGACCCUGGGGUCGCCUGCUAACUAAAGGAAGAUUGCAGGACCCUCCACUGGCCCUGGACGUGGGGCCUCAGCACAUUGAUCAGACAUGGUCCCAGGCUGUGCCUAAUGAUGGAGGAGCGCACAAGUAAGAGCAAUGGUUUUGUCUCACUUGGAAGUAAUCCAAGGCUAAGAUUCGCAUAAUUCAAGCUGAAUCCCUUUCCUUUUCCCGAUGGAAUCAUGAGUAUGAUUACUACUUCAAUUUAGGAAGAUGAGAAAUAGAGACUGCUUGGUGUCUCAUAGCAUGAGACUUCAGGGGCCUAGAAAGGAGCCUCCAUGAUCUUCAGUGUUAGGUCUAGUCAUUUAAAGGUGAUUAGGUACAAGAAAAAGUGUAACAUACUGAAGCCAGAGCGUGCAUUGACUACUAGGAAAGACAUCGGAAUGCAGAAUGGCGAUUGAGAUUGGGCCAGGUGUCAGCCCUGGCCUAGUCUGUUAGUCAGUAAACGUUAAUGAAGCACCUACUAUGUUCUAGCCUCUGAGGACACAAAGGGAAACAAAAGACAGUCCCUGUUGUCAGAGCUCAGAAUCUAGUAUACAAACAUAGUGAUAGUUCAAGAAGAAGUAAAAGAUCAUGAACCUGACUGUUAAAUGAUCCAGGGAAAAGAAGGUGUUUUAUGAAUGGAAAUCCAUUUAGUUAAACAGGGGAAUAAGUGAAUAGAAAUAUGAGAAUAAUUACAGUUUAAGAAGGGCAGAAUUGGGGAACAGAUAGUAAAAAUCAAAAUCAUAAGGAAAAAAGUAAUAUCUAGCAGUUAAAUAGCACCUACUCUGUGCAGUGCAUUUCAUCAAUAUUAGCUCUUUUGGUUCUCAUAAGAACCAUAAGGGUUAAGUGUAAUAAUUAUUCUCAUUUUACAAGUGAAGCAAAUGGAAUGAGCAGAGGUCGUAUGACUUGCCUAGGGUCAUAGUACUAGCGAAUGUCUGGGAUUGGUAUGCUUCUAUCCAGUGUACCAAAAAAAUAAAAAUGCUCAUAUAUGAGUGAGGUUGAAUAUGAGAGAAGUUUACAAACUUUCUUGCUGAGGGAUGAACAUGCCUUUUUUUUGUUUGUUUUUAGCUCCUUAGCCAGUCAGCAAGAUGAAUGGCAAUUUACCAUUUAAAAUUCUUCUUACUUUCUCCAUUGUGCCACUUAGCUGCUUAAUUGGAAUCGGUUGAUACGAGCAGUAGCCAUUGUUUCAGUACCAUGAAUGUAGCUGAAGCAAACACUAUGGAAGCAUUUAGAGUUUGAUCAGACAUCAACGACUCCAAGAUAAUUCACCGUAUCUGGGGGCAUUGCAAGUCAUCUUGUCUUUUGCAACAUGAGCAAUAUGGAAAUCAGUUUUAGAUGACUGCACAUAUAUAAUCUAUAUCAGAAUGCUUGCCAUCUCAAGGAGUCGGGUGAGAAAGUAGGAAGGUACAGAAUUUGAAACUCCAAAUUUAAAAAAAUGCUGGAUCACCAUAGCCAAGAUAGCAGACAGAAAUCAGGGAUUUACCUCAGGUUUCUCAAAUUCUCCUCGAUAUGACUUUAAUAUAAUGUCUCAAAACAUUCUGUAACAGAAGAACUCCAAAAAGGAUGAGGUUAAAGAAUUUUUCUGCCUAGAGACUUUAGAAGGUCAGCAGGAAAGGUCACUCCCACCAUGGUGAAAGUGGAGCAAAGUCUAGCACAGGCUAACAGAAUAAUAGCAAGGCCAUGCCUUACUCUGUUAGCAGCAAAGCCAUGUGCCCUGACCCAUCAGCAGCAGGCCCUUAAGGGAACUGAACUGGCAGCAACAACUUGUGGAGCUCUUAGUCCACAGACAGUAAGGGCAGGGGGCAGUCAGACAACUUAACAGAAGAUCAGAGGUCCUUUUUGUAGCAUUGUGUGCAGGAGUCUGUUUUGUAGCUCAUAUGUGGAUUCUAGUUUCAGGCCUGGUGGCAGUCCCAAUGUAAGAACCUCCAUUAGUGACAAGCUCUAGAAGUAGUAGAAUUUGCACCCAUGAGGGAUUUGGGAUGUUGAUCACAGUUCCAAAAUGUAAAAUAAAAGGCUGGUUAUUCACAGUCCAGAGUAUAGGGCAAGAGAGUAGUGAACAUAUUUCUUUGUAUAUCACAUCACCUUGGAAGAAGUGAAAAUGUAUAGAAACAUUCCACCCCAUUCCAGCAACACCUCUGAAAGCACUUACAUUUAAAAACAAAACACCAGACUUCAAACAAUGCCUCAUCUACCCCAGGAGCAGACUUAAAAUUUAGCAUAAAAGUCAAGAAAUUAGCUACGGAAAUGAGCAAACAACUUUGAAAAAGCACUUCACCAUAAAAAGUUACUGUGGUGACAAGAAGAUCAAAACAAACUGAAAAUGACAAAGUUUCAAUGAAAAAUGUGAAUUGAUUUCAGGAACAAAAAAAUCCUAGAAGAGCUCAAAAAUGUAUUUUAAAACUCAAGAGAAAUUAGAGGGAAAUUGAGAAAUUAAUUGAGUUGUAAAUAAAAUAAAUUUUUCAAAAUGGUCUGUAGUUUGGUAAAGUAGGCACCAAAAUACUGAAUAAAAAGAUGUUAAAAAACAAUAAACCAAGUGAUGAAAAGGGCACCAAAAUCCAUUGAGAAAAGGAACUUCUUUAAAAUCAAAAUUGGCCAAAUGAUAUAAUAUAUACAAAAAUAUAUUGAAGAGAACUUCUUAAAAAGUAGAACUAGCCAAAUGGAAGAGACUCUAAAUGAACACUGUAAUGAGAAUAUCAACAACAUAGAAAUGGGUUUGAAUCAAGGACACAUGUGAUCCCCAGUGGAAUCAUGCGUUGGCUGUGGGAGGAGGUGGGGAGGAAAAGAUAAUGAUAUUUGUUUCCAAGGAAUAAUGCUUGAAAAUGAACAAAUAAAAUAAUGUUUAAAAGUUAAAAAAAAAAGUAGAGCUAGUCAAAUGGAAAGUGGAGCUACAAAAGUUAAAUGAAGAAAAUAAAUCCUUAGAAAUUAGAAUUGGGCAAGUGGAAGCUAAUGCCUCCAUGAGAUGUUAAGGAAAAAAAAAAUUUAAAUCAAAAGAAUAAAUUAAAAAAAAAGUGAAAUAUCUCAUUGGAAAAAUAACUGACCUAGAAUCGACGCAAGAGAGAUAAUUGAAUGACUGUACAAGCUAAAAGCUAAGAUUAAGAAAAAAAAAAAAAGCUAAAUUCCAGGGCUCUCACAUUAAGCAGGAAAUACAGCAAACAAUCCCCUGAAUUGAAACAAAAUACAGAUAUUGUGUAGCCACAGUCAUUAUACCACAAGUUUUAGCAGCUUUGAUAUUAAAUGAUUGGUGAAUUUGGAAUAUGAUAUUCCAGAGUGUAAAAGAACUAGGAUUACAAGCAAGUAUCAUCCACCCAGUAAAACUGAGUACAAACAUUCAUGAGGAAAAAAAUGAAUGUUCAGUGAAAUAGAGGUCUCCUCAAGCACUCUUUGUCAAAGGGACAGAGCUGAAAAGAAAAUCUGAUUUUCAAAUAUAAAUCUCAAGAGAUGCAUAAAGGAAAAGAAAUCCUAGAUCAAUCAGUAAAUUUAAGCUGCUUAUGUUCCUACAUGAAAAGAUGAUAUUUAUAAUUCCUAGGAACCUUAUCAUUAGAAGGGCAUGGGUAUGAAUUUAUAAUGAGAUGAAUGCAUAAAAAAAUUAAGGGGUGAGAAGGAUGCAUUGGAAGGAGGAAGGGAGAAAUAGAAUGGGGUCCUUUAUCUCACAAAAAAAAGUCAAAGAGCUUUUGAAGUGGAGGGUUAGAUGGAGUUGGGGAGAAGCACUUAAAUUUUAUUGAAAUUUGCUCAAAGGGCAAACAAUACACACAAUUGAGUAUAGAAAUACACUUUGCCUUCUAAGAGAAUAGGGAAGGGAUAAGAAAAGAGAAUUGGUUAAUUGGAAGAGGCAGUAGUCAGAAGCAAAACACUUGAGAAUGAAAGAAAAGCAAGUAAGAUAAACAGGGUAAAAUAGGAUGGAGGAAAAUACCCAGUUAAUCCUAAUGUCAAAAAAAUCACAGGGGGCAGCUGGGUAGCUCAGUGGACUGAGAGCUAGCCCUAGAGACGGGAGGUCCUUGUUUCAAAUCUGGCCUCAGACACGUCCCAGCUGUGUGACCCUGGGUAAGUCACUUGACCACCAUUGCCUAGCCCUUACCACUCUUCUGCCUUGGAGCCAAUACACAGUAUUGACUCCAAGAUGGAAGGUAAGGGUUUAAAAAAAAAAUCGCAGCAAGUUUCUCUAAAUAUGAAGAAUAUAUAUGUAUAUUUAAGGAAAUGAAAGUUAAACUACCUCAGGUACUUACGUUACACCUAUGUGAUUGGCUAAUAGAGAAAAGAAAAAUGACAAAUUGGGGAAAUGGGGGGAAAUUGAGAUGCUUAUGUAUUGUUGGUGGAAGUGAACUGAUUCAAACAUUCCGAAGAACAAUUUAGAAGCUUGCUCAAAAGGUUCUAAAACUGCAAUAUCAUGACCAGGUCUGUAUCCCAAAGAUAUCUUUUUUAGGGAAAAAAAGGCCUAUUUGUACAAAACUAUCUAGCAGUUCAUUUUGUGAUGGUAAAGAAUUGGAAAUUGAGGGGAUUCCCAUUAAUUGAGGAAUAAAUGAAGUUUUGGUAUAAUGAUUAUGACAGAAUACUAUUCUGCUAUAAGAAAUGAUGAGGAUAAUUUCAGAAAAAAAAAACCUGAAAAGCCUUUCAUUAUCUGAUUCAAAGUAAAGUGAGCAGAAUAUGGAGAACAUUGAACACAGUAGUUGCAAUUUUAUUCAGUGAUCAAGUGUGGAUGAAUUAACUAUUCUUAGUAAUACAAUGAUCCAAGACAAUUCUGAAGGACCCUGGAUAAAAAAUGCUACUUCCAAAGAAAACUGAUGGAGUCUGAAUGCAGAUCAGUCUUCCUUGAUUAGAUUUGCUUUUGUCGGGUCUUGGAAUGCAGGGGGCAAAAGAAUGGCUCAAAUUCUCUUGAACUGGAGACUCAAAUCAUGUUACUUCAAGAAGCAUUUCUCAAUCAGUUCUCAUAAAUCACCUACUAAGAGCCAGACAGUAGACUAAGUGCUAAGGAUUAAAAAAAAAAAACAGAUGAAAUGAUUAUUCCCUGGAGGAGCUUGCAUUCUAAUGGUUUAAGUCAACAAGCAUUUAUUAAACAUCUGGGACCCCAAGAAAUAGUAGUCUCUGGAGAUACCAGGCAUUGAUUAAAAACAAAAACCGGAAACAACUUGCAAAUACUAAAUUCCCUCAAAUCCCAGCAUGCCCACAUGUGCAUUUCCAUUUCUACUAUUAAGGUCUUAGGUCUCAGAAUGGCUGAUUAAGUCCUGCAGCAGAAGUGAGAGCCAAAAUAGGGGGCCUGUCGAGGAGCCUCUAGAAGUUUUACUUCUAUAAAUUUGAAACAUAGGAAUGAGAAAACAAUGGCUGAGGCACUUCCCAGAUACAGCUCAUAGCCUGCUAAAAGGUCUAGCUCAGAAAUUUCCUUACUUUAAUCUGUGGCGCUCCUGAAAGGCUUCUGGGGUCAACAUGAGUUGUAGGUGCUGAUUAAGCAACAAAUCUUGACCCAGAGCCAUAAACAAUUCCAGUCUCGAAGCUACACAGGACAAGAGAGUUUCCAACAAAGCAAUCUGGUUUUCCCACAGGUUCUAAAUAUGCUUCAAGGAGAAGAUGCCCACAAAGGCAUGCCAAACCUCAACAGCAUCAUCGUAGCGUCAGGCUGGCUCCAGAGCUCCCUCCUGAAUUUCACAGGUUGAGUUUUCCAUAUGAUAUCUCAGAAAUGAGGCAAGUCUAAGCAGGGGCUUUCUAAAGGUAUCAGAAACAGAUGCAAGCUUUAAUCUUCUGACAGUGAUAGCAUUUACAAGACUUUUCUCCAGCAAGACUUGUUUUCUGGUAAAAAGCAAAGGGAAUGUUGGCUCUACCGUUUCCCCAUCAAUUAUUGGGAAGACUACUACAAAUGAUCUCAUGUAACCUUGUGCUCUAGGCCUUUCCAUCUCCUUUCCCUUUGAGAUUUGAUUAAUUAAUUUUUUUUCUUUAUGCCAAAAGGAGAUAAACAACUUUCUCCUUCCAGACUGAAUCCUUUUGGUGACUGACAAACAAGGAAACCAAAUCAGAGACAGUGAAUGCAAUCUCAUGGGCACAUCUGCCAGUGGAGGUAACCUACCCUGGGAGUCAAGUCUUCUGAUUCUCUGGGGAAGAGGGAGGCCUGAGACAGCCAAUGUUUGAUACAAUUGCUCAGAGAUCUACUUGUGUCAGUCUUCCUAUUGACACUACUGGAAUCACUGAGUAUGAAUAAUAUAGACUGUAUGUGGUUCUACUGGCUCCAUCGAUUUCUUGCUAGAUGGGUACAAUGAGCAAAAAUUGGACCCCCACCCUUUUUGAAUAGCCCUCUGCCCUUCCUAAAUCAAUGAUUUUACCCCUAGACAUUGCUAAUCAGUAUUAUCCUGUUUAAAGACAUUCCAUAAGGGGACUGAUUAUUUCUUGUGUAUUAAAAGACAUUAUUAUACAAUGAGUCAUUUAAGGAUAAUCAACUAAUCCCAAUAUGUAACAGAAUUAAGAAUAAUUAGAGUAGGUUAAAUAGAUCCUCUCUUAUAGUAGAUUUUCAACUUGUCAUUACCAUGUACUUCACUGAGCACAAGAGUGUCCUAACUAGAGGACCUCCAUCGAUGUGGCCUGAUGACUAAGUGGGCAAGGAAGACCCCCAAACCUCCAGCCUGGACGGUCUUAGUACUGUAGGAUAGAAAUAUUCUAAUGGGUUGGAAGGUCCCUGCAAAAUGUAAAAUGUCCCCUUGUUAGGAGUCUGUUGGCCAACAUUUGGGGAUUCUGUCUUCUCUGUAUAUACAUUUGUAAGUCUAUUACUCAACAAUAGAGGUGGAGAUCUACUAGACCUUUACUCUGUGAACCUCAAAGUGACAGUGGGACCCCCAAGGAGAUUCUGUACUUAGUACUGUCCCAUCUGAACACUCUGGGAUUUAAAGAUUAUAAACCUUGACUCUGAACAUGAAGUGGUCUCAGAUAGUGGCCAGGUCCAUUUAAUAAAUAGUAAUUGACUCAGAGCUCUGCCUCAGUGACUUUAUAGGUUAGAUCAUUUCUGGUAUUACAUUAUGGUUACCCCAGAUAGGAUGAUGAGUUGUGGACCUUCUCUAAAUGCUCCAUCCCACUCAAGGUACUCCUCCUCCUUUAAAAAAUAGGAAGCUAGUACCCUGAUAAAUUUUCACCAUUGGCUCAUCCACCAACAAAGACUUGGGUUGGUGGGACUCUCUAUUGUUCCUACCCAAAUUCUCCAAGCUUAAGAUGUCUCCCCAAGGCUACGGAUUGGUGAAUUUACCUGAAAUCACUCCCCUACAACACCCCACAAAUUUAAAGGGGUAAAAGGAGGUCCAAAUUGUACUGAAAGUGACUAUUUGGGUUUAUGACUAAAUUAUUUGAAUUAACGAGCACUUACAUAAAUUGCUUGAAUUAUUUGGCCAUAUUUUCUGCUUUUAAAGCCUAGGUUGAUUUUUUUUCCUCCUUUUUUCUUAUCAGAGCUUAGGAGGUAUAACGGAAUCAUUGCUACUGCCACUUUUUCAGCCUCCAACCAGGAAAAUCAACAAACAAAAAAAUAUUUCAAGUUUCAAACAGAUUUUUUACUUGGUAGUGGUCAGGAAUGGAAGUUUUUUUUUUUUUUUAAGAAUAUAUACAUUUCAUUGAUUAUAAUAUGAAUAAAGUCAUUUUCAGUGAUAUUAGGGUUUCUGCUUCAGAUACUGAAGACCUAUGUGGCUCAUCUGAGCCCCCCCAGUGGCCCAUUUCAGGAAUUUGAAAUUGGAGAACUUUCUAAAAUAGUUCCCUGAACCCUAAGAGUAUUCAUUAUAAACCAUAAUGAUGCACUCAGUACCUCCAGGAUUAGUGCACCAUCCUUCUAGUUAGAGAGGGGUAAUAAGAUAGGGGUACAAAAAUCAAAAGUGGAACCUCUAAGACAUUUAGUACUCAGAAUCAUAGCCUUUGGGAAUCCAGUUGUCUCAGAAAAACUUCUGAAGUUGCCCUCUCCUAGGUAGGGAUGUCCACAGGAUGGAGGGUGUUAGGAUCACAUGUUAAAAGGAUUCAGAGAAAUUGUUUUGGCUACAAUUUGAAAUUUGUUACUAUUCUACCCUUGGAAAAUGAUUGGCUUUUAUUGACUUCCAACCUUCUUGCCCUGUUAUCCCCAGGCCUAUAAGAUGAGCAAGGCAGAAGAAUGAGAACAGCCUACAGCUCCCUAAAACACCUGCAUAAGUAAAAUUUGGCCUUACCUGAGCCAUUCUAUUCUUUGGAUUAAUCCAAGUUAGCAGGUGCUUCCAAGCAUUUGUUUUCAGUCUGUGCUUUUUCGCUUUGGUCUGAUCACCUGGAGAGAAAUGAUUAAAUAAAGCAAACCUUUUUUAAACA